UUCUAGGCUACCCUCAAAGUUUAUCAAGGAAUCAAACAUAGAAAUGCAUGUAGCUCACUUCCACUGUGCAAACCUGUGCAGGUUAAGGGAAUCCAUUUAUGGCACAACUUUAAGGUUUAUUCUUUUUCAGAUGUUUAUUCUCCUAUAUGUGUAAACAAUCCAUUCUGGUAUAAAUACACAUCCUCUAAUCUCAAAUUUCUACAAACCAAAUCAAACUCACUUAAAUCAUCAUCAUAAUAUAGCUACCUACCUACCUUCAUAGAAAUGGAUUUGUUGGCAUCAUUAACAGAGAACAAACCAGUAGUUAUGUUCAGCAAAAGCACUUGUCCCAUGAGUCACACAGUGAGGGAACUGAUAAGGGGUUUUGGUACUGAGCCUUAUGUUAUUGAGAUUGAUAAAAUGCCAAAUGGACAACAAAUAGAGAGAGCACUGAUUCAGCUUGGACGUAGACCAACUGUACCUGCUGUUUUCAUAGGACAACAAUUCAUAGGUGGUAUUGAUGAACUCAUAAGCCUCAAUGUUCAGAACAAACUUGUUCAAUUGCUUUUAAAGGCUAAAGCUAUAUUUUUUUGGUAGAAGAGUUUAUAACUCAUCACUCCAAUUUUGGUCAAAGAUAAGAGAUUUUGUAUUAUCCUAAUCUUUUGAUCAAACUUGAUCAUAUAUAUAUAUAUAUAUAUAUUCUGAGGUUCUUCAGUAUAGAGCUUCUUCUUCUUCUUGCCAUGUUUCUACUUGUACCUGCCAUUCUUCUUCUUUUCUUCCCUUUUGAGGAGAACAACCUUACUCUUUUGUAUUUGUAUAUGUAAUGUGAUGGUUUUCCUCACUUGUGUUUAUGAAAAGAGAAAUAAUCUAAUGUUGAGUUCUGCGGCUA